AUGCCUGGAAGCCCUAAGAAAAAGAGAACGAAGCGCAAAGCUACGGACUCUGAUCUCAAGGCGCUUGAAGGGCAAACAGCUCUAGCAAAGAGAGCGCGUGCUCGGGCUAAUGCACCAUCUGCAUCAAUUCUCGAUCAAGGAGCUGAUUCACAGCCUCCUCGACGAUCAGGACGCCCAGGCGCAGGGACAGGAGGUAGGGGAGCUCAACUGGAGAAACUGGGCGAUAUCUUGCAUGCUCCAGUGCGGAUCAGCCAAUCCAAGGGUGCCACCUCCCUUGAUCCGAACGCUCCUGCAAACCCUCUCGCUCCUGAACCGACUCGCAAGGGUCGCGGGAGUCGUUCCAAGAAGAAACAACCCCCUCCGCCAUAUAGCCCUUCGGUGGAACCAGACACCACGACUCUGAAAUCACGCUCGAAGAAAAACAAGGAUACUGUCGUUUCUGCUCCGAGCUUCGAACUCAACCAUCAGCCAAUUUUUUUGCAGCGGGAAGCUGGGGGACGAUACAGAUUUUCGCCACCGAUUGUCCCUGCCGGUACAGAGCCAGAUCUUCAAGCAUUGAACAACUCCUUUGUGGCCGCAGCCAAGAAGGCGCACGCCCUGCCCGAUUCCCAUUCUUCUUUAAGUCAAACUCGUGUUACUGCUCUUAACAUAUCCCAACCUCAGGUUCCUGUCACUACUCAUAGCGUCCAAGAUCCUAUACUUUCCGGGACCAAUUCAUCUGCGAUGCUACCGGAUGUGAACUUUUACCAGAACUUAGAUCCUGCCCUCCGGCUGCCUGUACCGCAAAGUAUAGAAUCUGAACAGUCUGACACAUCAAAAGAUGAUUCAUCUGGCUUGGAUGAAAGUAGCGGGGACGAGCAAAUUGGUUGGGGAGAAGUUCACGGGCAUCAUAGUACACACCCUGGUAAGUCGCUGCCUAUUUACGUUCAGUCACCUGCUCUCCCAACAGAUUUCGAAUUUCAGCACUCUCGUGAUGAAGGUGAUGAAGCAGCUGAAAACAUUUUGGGAGUUGUUGAUGAUUUGAGUGAGGAUUCGAGCGAUGAUGGUACAGCGAUGAAUCAAAAGAGUGCCCCCCAGCCGAACGACGUUUUGAAGCUUCAUCACGAAAGAAACGGUCACCCCCGACUUCCUGAUCCUGCUCUCCUGGAGCUUCUCCGUGUUGCUGAGGUCGAUACCUCCAACCCAAAGGCAAAACGGAAACGGAAGCGGACAUCGAAACAUAAAUCGAAGGUGGUCGAUGGAUCCGACGAUGAAGGGCCAAAGGCCACCCAGCUGGGUUGGUAUGGUCCACGCUGGAAGAGUUUUCUCGAGGACGCGAAGGCGGAGUGUCGUACUCAGCAGGCAUUGGAGAACCCUUUCCCAAGCCUUGUUCAUGAUCUGCCAGUUUCAAUCACAGAGUCUCUCUCAGCCUCUCUUGUGCAAUGGCUAAAAAACGGCCAACAAGUUGACGCUGGUGUGUGGCCCGCUCAUAAGCCUGACAUGGCGAGACUGCUGUAUGAUGACUUGGCAACUUGGCGAUCUGAUCUCAAAAAAAUCGUCAUCUCCAUUACGCCUUCAGCAUACAGUCUUUCCCCGCCAGUUGACAUUCCCGCUCAAGAGCGUGCAGCUUGGGUUGAGGUCACCGCCGCAGAAUUACUGGCCGAUGGUAGAUUUCUCCGCCAUGGAGUCGAUGAAUUGGGGAAAACCAAGAACUUUGCUCACCCUGCGCUUCUUCAGGCCAUCAUUCUUUUUUACUAUACUGGGUCUUAUCGCAUUGCUCAUAGGCGACCAGCCAUUUUUCGGAAGGAGGUUCCAUUAAAAUGCCUAGCUCUCGUUUGCACCGCGUUUCAUUGCGUCUUCCAGGGCCUCAAGAAAAACGGCAAUGGCAAGUCUUAUUCAAAAUUUACCUCGAAGGAGUACGAGUCCAUCUAUCAUUCGAUGCUUGAGCUACUUGAUGCUGUCAUGAAAGACCCAUAUCACGGUCCGAAGCUGGUGCAGCAACUCCGUGAAUGGGCCAAGAUUGGAUGGGCAGAAACAUCGAAACUCGACGGCGUUGACACAUCCAAACAUCGCCACCUGCGCGUCCAACUCGAUUGAGUUCUCCCGUCUCCUGGCAGUGUCAAUCGUCACACAUCAUAUUCUUGCGCAUAUACUUUUACCUUUUUGCUCGUUGUCUGCUAGUAUCGUGUUUCGCGCUGAUUGAAUUUAUCGUCGUUUGUUUGCUACUA